AUGGCUGAAAUUGACCGCGAAGUUGAGAUUGUAGCUGAGGAGACUGAUAAGCUCAGUGAUCUCACAUCCAGACUCGAAAGUGUGGCAUUAUCAACCCACAGCGUUAGUGCCUCUAUCUUUCAAGAUCGAGUCGAGAAUGGCCGGACGUAUCAUCGAUACAAGGACGGAAAAUACAACAUGCCAAAUGACGAGACGGAGAGCGACAGGCUAGACUUUCAGCACGACAUUUGCAUCUACACCUUUGACGACAAACUCGGCAUUGCCCCGCCAUGCGAAGAAGGCGUCAAGGUCGGGCGCGUUCUCGACGUGGGGACAGGGACUGGUAGCUGGGCAAUGGAUUUUGGCGACUUACACCCCGAGUCCGAUGUUUUGGGUGUUGAUCUCUCGCCUGUGAAAGCAGAAUUCGUACCCCUAAACGUCCGAUUCGAGGUCGACGACAUCGAGGAAGAAUGGACAUAUUCAAAGCCAUUCGAAUAUAUCCACAGCCGAUUCUUGACGGCGAGUAUCGAGGAUUGGGAACAAUACAUCAGACGCUGUUACAACAAUCUUGUCCCUGGUGGAUAUCUGGAGCUCCAGGAAGCCGACCUAAUGCCUAAAUCCGAUGACAACACCCUCCCCGAGGACGCCGCCAUCAUCAGAUAUGUAAAUAUGCUGAAUGAAGCCUCUGAGAGGACGGGCCGCGAGUUCAUUGAGCCCACCUCUCUAAAAGCCAAGAUGAUUGAGGCCGGCUUUGUCGACGUAGAGCUCCGCAUGUAUAAGUGGCCUCACAAUGAAUGGCCAAAGGAAGACAGGUAUAGGAACCUCGGAUACUGGACAAAGGAAAACUUUGGCACUGCCCUCGAAGCGCUGUGCAUGGCGCCGUUCACCCGCGUCCUCGGCUGGACCCGGAACGAGGUCAACGUGUUGCUCAUUGAUGUCCGGAAGGACCUGAGGAACAUGAAGUACCAUGCUUACUGCCCUGUAUAUUGUAUUGCCGGCCGCAAGCCGUAG